AUGGCUGUCCCUCCAGCUGUGGUCCAAGAGGUGGAGGCCAUUGUGAAUGGCCGCGAGCCAGUGAACACCAGAGUCACCAAGGUCUUGCAGGUGCUGGAGCACCAUGGCCUCUGCCAGCAGCAGACCUUGGUUCCAAGCCAAGUUCUUUGCCACCCCUCCAACCGGGGAGGGCAGAUGGUGUCCCACUUUGACGUUUGGGCCAAGGGACACCAACUCUUGGCAGUUGGCCUGCAAGUGCAUCUGCUGUCCAUUUGUCUCCAGAUGUCCACGGACCCCCAAAAGCGCCAGCAGCAGGUUUGGAGGAACCAGCAGCUGGUCCAGGAGAGCAAGGGCUCCCUGGCCCCAGUCAGUGGAGCAGAGGGAUACCUAUCCCUUGCCAGCAGCCACACCACGGCAUUCUUGAGAUGCCUGGAGCAUGGGACCACGGAUCCCAGUGGCAAAGCCAUCUCCGUGCCCAAGACAGACCCAGUCUGGUCCGCCAUCCAGACCGGGUGGCGGUGGCAUGUGGUGGCCUCCAGUGUGGAAGAAGCCAUGCCAAGCCUUCCACAGUUCUUCCAAGUCGGAGCCAACUCUGGCAAUGCCAUUGGCAGAGCCACCAGCGAGUUGGAAGCAGCCUGCCAAAUAGCCAUUCAAGUGCAAAUGGGAGCCAGUCUGGAGUCGGCAAUCCAGUCCGUUGCCAGCGGCGAAGUUGCCUGCAGGCAGAGCCUCCCAGCCAUAGGGCAUUAUGUCUCGAGAUACUCUGGAGGCACAAGCUUUCCAUUGCUGAAAUUCCUUUCCCACUUCUCCUCCACCUACGGCACCACGUGCAUGAUGGGCCAGGAUUUCAUGGAGGCGUUGUCGCACACCACCUUCCCAGACCCUGGCAACCUUUACCCAUUGCUCCGCACAGCUCUAUGGGCAACCCAGUGCACAUCCACCAAACAGCAAGACGGCUUCGCACGACUCCUCACCAGAGCCGACGUCCAGAGACUGUCGUCGCCACAGAACAUGGAGUCCGUCAGGACGGCGGAGUCCAUGCUUUCGGAUUCCUGGAAACUGGUCCAGAGCCAGCUUCCAGAAGGCACCAGCACCAAUGCCGGCAGCAACCAUCUCUACAAGUGUUUCGGCAAGUUUUGCGUCAGAGCCAUCUUGUUUCUGACCAAAAAGGAAAAGCUUGGCCCUGAUGCCCAGCAGAAGCUGGAGUCCCUGGCCCAGAUUCUCGACCUUUUCACCCAGGACGUUUCCAAGGUCAAGCAGGCCACCCCAGCUGCAGAGGCAAAGACCAUCAAGGAUGCAGUCUCUGCCCAGCCAUGGGAAGCCACCUUGCUCCAGAACACCCACAUCAAGGUGGGCGACCAGUACACCUUGCCAAAGGAGCACGGAGCCAAGGUCUACCAGCUCCUGCAAAUCAACAACGAGGGUGGGACCCUGGAGCACAGGCCAGUGCUCCAGGCACCGGAGACAGUCCAUGUGCCGCUGGCGGGGCUGGGGAAGUGGCGGGUCUCCCGCCACUCCAUGCCAGCCAUCGGCCCAGCCGACAUCAUAACCAGGGGACUCCCAUCCAGCCAUGCCAUGGCCCAGGAGGACUUCCAAAAGGCAGCUGUGGUCACGGCACUCCACCAAUGCUACCAGGAGCAGUCGGUCGAGGACUUGGAACUCCUUUGCAUGGCUUCCAGUCCCCAGGCACUGUAUGCCAAGAAAGCCAUUGCCAGCAAAAAGCUCAAGCUGGUUCCAUUGGGUUCCAUCAGCAAAGUGAAGACAGGCCAGAAGCCGCCCAAGCUGGCCAUUCAGGCCUUCGGCCAUGACUGGGCCAUUGGAAGCUGGAAGCAGGACCUCCAGUUCCAGGCAGAGGGCACCAUCGUGCCAUUUUUCUGGUGCAGGACAGCAGAGGGCGAGGAUGAGGGCAACAUGGUCUUGACUACGAUCAAGCAGGGGCCAUGCACCGUGCCCAUCCUCCAUAACCCUGCGAAGAUCCAAGCCAAUGAGCAAAUCUUGCAGAAGGUCGAGGAGGAAGCAGCCACGUCGGCUUCAGCCAAGAAAAAGCCCAGGAAGGGCUGA